AUGCAUCCAGACAAUUCCGGACAGGUUGUCGACGAGAAACACGACGUCGAAUUGAAGAAGACUCGCACGGCUUCGAGUCGCAUCUCCCAUCAUGAUCGACAGACUGUUAAUGAUAUCGCUUCCAGCCUGCGACGCCGCUCGAUUUUUGACGCCGAGGAAGCUAAAGAAGCUCGAGUAGACCCCGAUGUUCUCGACCCCGACAGCGAGGACUUUGACCCGUUCGAAUGGGCAAAGAGGGCCAUCCGCACAUUCAAUGCUGAAGACAUUGACGCCCGUCGCCAGGGUGUCCUGUUUGAAAAGCUCUCCGUUUACGGUUCGGGCGCAUCGCUGCGAAUCCAGCAGACCGUGCUCUCGACAAUCCUCCUCCCGUUCACGAAACUCGCGACCGUGACCCGACCAUCAAAAAACACACAUACGACUAUCCUUCACAGUUUUGACGGUUUGAUCGACAGUGGUGAAUUGCUCCUCGUUCUGGGUCGUCCUGGUAGUGGAUGCACAACCUUUUUGAAAUCGAUCACCGGCCAUCUCAACGGAGUCAGCCUCGACGCUGAGACCGACAUCCAAUACAGGGGAAUUCCGUAUUCGCGGAUGAUCAAGGAGUACCGCGGCGAGGUGCUGUACAAUCAAGAGGUCGAUAAGCACUUUCCCCAAUUGACCGUUGGCGAGACGUUGGAAUUUGCUGCGCAAGCUCGCGCGCCCCAGAAUCGUCGCCAUGAACUUAGUCGGGAGGAAUAUGUGAAGACAAUGGUUUCUGUUAUCAUGGCAUUCUUCGGUCUGUCGCAUACGAGAAACACCCGAGUUGGAAAUGACUUUGUUCGUGGUGUCAGUGGUGGUGAGAGGAAGAGAGUCAGUAUCGCUGAGAUGGCUCUAUCUCGUGCAUCCAUUGGUGCCUGGGAUAACAGCACCAGGGGUUUGGACUCUGCAUCCGCCCUGCAAUUCAUCCAAACCCUUCGCCUGUCAGCCGAUCUGUCGGGAUCCUGCCAUGCCAUUGCUGCUUACCAGGCGUCUCAAUCCAUGUAUGACCUAUUCGACAAGGUUGUUGUCCUGUACGAAGGUCGUCAAAUCUACUUCGGCCCAUGCGACCGCGCGGUUCAAUACUUUGAGGAGAUGGGCUGGGAGAAGCCAACCCGACAGGUUAGUGGUGACUUUUUGAGUAGUGUCACGAACCCGCUUGAGCGUGUUGCCAGAGCCGGGAUGGAGAGCCAGGUCCCGCGCACCCCUGAAGAUUUCGAGGCUCACUGGCGAAAGAGCUCCGAGUAUGCUGCUCUUCAAGGGAGCAUGGCGCAGUAUAAACAGGAGUUCUCAUUGGAUGGCCCUGAAGCGCAAGCAUUCGGCCAAAAGAAGACCGAGGAGCAGGCAGACCACCAGCGCGUGCAGAGCCCCUAUCUUCUUUCCCUCCCUAUGCAGCUCCGACUUUGCUUGACGAGAGCGUACCAAAGAGCUCGGAAUGAUCUCGUUGCUUCUCUCGUUGCUGUCGUUGUUCAAGUUAUUAUCGCCCUUGUUAUCGGUUCCGUAUUCUACAACACUCCUGCCACCUCUGAUGGGUUUUUCCAAAAGGGUGCAACGCUCUUCUGGUGUCUGAUUAUGAACGCACUCAUUACUGUCAAUGAAAUCAUGCUGCUUUAUAGUCAACGGGAGAUUGUUGAGAAACAAACUGGUUAUGCUUUUGUUCAUCCGUUCGCCGAAGCCCUGUCAGGAAUCGUCUUGGAUUUGCCCGUCAAGUUCUUCCGGAAUUUCGUCUUUAGUAUUGUUUUAUACUUCAUGGUGGAUCUGCGGAGAGAGCCAUCUCAAUUCUUCAUCUUCUUCCUAUUUCUGAUGACCACGACGAUACUCAUGUCAGGAAUCUUUCGGACAAUAGCGGCCUCGACGAAGACCAUUGGUCAAGCCAUGGCUUUGGCUGGUAUCUGCAUUAUCAUUAUGGGUGUCUACACAGGUUUCACAGUUCCACAGCCAUACAUGCACCCAUGGUUCGGCUGGCUCAGAUGGCUCAACCCGCUGUACUACGGUUUCGAAGCAGUCAUGUCCAACGAGUUCCAUGGUCGCGACUUUGGCUGCGCAAGUUACGUCCCGAGCUACCCCAACAUGACUGGCACUACCUUCGUCUGUUCGGCAGUUGGAGCAGUGGCCGGAGAGACGCAUGUUUCUGGUGACAACUUCAUCUCGGCCAACUACGAGUACUCCUACAGCCAUGUGUGGAGGAACUUUGGUAUUCUCAUGGCAUACCUGGUGUUUUUCCAUAUUUUGUAUCUGGUUGUCUCGGAGUUCAGCCCGGGUAUUGCUUCCCAGCCCGAGGCACUUGUUUUCCGUCCCGGACGUGUGCCGGACUACCUCGACAGUCCUGAUGAGGAAACCGCUGGACCAAGCGAGAAAAUUGGCGCUACCGGCGCGGGAGGAGAAACCGAUGGAGGGUUCUCUAACCUGGCGGAGCAGAAGGAAGUUUUUAUGUGGAGAGGAUUGUCUUAUGACAUCCCGACCAAGGACGGUACGAAACGGUUACUGGAUGAUGUCAACGGAUGGGUCAAACCUGGAACUCUCACUGCACUGAUGGGUGUAUCUGGAGCUGGAAAAACCACACUUCUUGACGCACUUGCACAGCGAGCAACACUUGGUGUCAUCACGGGAGAGAUGCUAGUCAGCGGCAAGCCCCUUGACGAGAGUUUCCCGCGAAAGGCAGGCUACGUCCAGCAACAGGAUCUGCAUUUGGAAACUUCGACUGUCCGUGAGGCACUCCGCUUUAGUGCUGUCCUUCGCCAGCCUCGCUCUCUACCCAAGCAAGAAAAGUACGACUACGUUGAAGAGGUGAUUAAGAUGCUGGGCAUGGAUGACUUUGCUGAAGCAGUGGUCGGAAACCCUGGCGAAGGUCUGAACGUUGAACAGAGAAAGCUCCUGACUAUCGGUGUUGAACUUGCCGCCAAACCCGAACUGCUCAUUUUCUUGGAUGAACCUACUAGUGGUCUUGACUCGCAGAGCUCUUGGGCAAUUUGUUCUUUCAUGAGGAAGCUCACUGAUCACGGUCAGGCGGUGCUCGCGACCAUCCACCAGCCAAGUGCUAUUUUGUUCCAGGAAUUUGAUCGUCUUCUUUUCCUUGCAAAGGGCGGACGCACCGUCUACUUUGGUGAUAUCGGCAAGCAGUCGCAGACUUUGCUUGAUUAUUUUGAGAGCAACGGUGCCCGACACUGUGACUCUACCGAGAAUCCCGCUGAGUACAUGCUCGAAAUCGUCAAUGCUAGCCAAGCUGCCGAGUCAUCGAUCGACUGGGUUCAAAAGUGGAACGAGAGUGCAGAGCGCAAAGAAGUUCUCAACGAACUGGAUCGCAUCGCUGCAGCCCGGCCACCUUCUGAUGAUGGAUCCGUCAACACGGACGAGCUUGGCGAAUUUGCGUCUCCUUUGAUCACUCAAUACUUCUACGUAACCCGUCGUGUCUUGCAGCAGUACUUCCGUCAGCCGGAAUACAUCCUGGCCAAGUUUUUCUUGGCUAUCGUGACCGGAAUAUUCAUCGGUUUCUCUUUCUGGAAGGCUGACAAUUCGGAGCAAGGGUUCCAGAAUGUUCUCUUCAGUUUGUUCCUUGUGUGUACAGUCUUUUCGACCAUGGUCAACCAGAUCAUACCGAAAUUCGUUGGACAGCGAGCCUUGUACGAAGUCCGCGAGAGACCAUCGCGCGUCUAUUCGUGGAAGGUGUUUAUCCUGGCCCAAAUAUCCGCCGAAAUCCCCUGGCACAUCCUCCUGGGCAUCUGCUCGUGGGCCUGCUUCUACUUUGCCGUUAUUGGUCCCGACCAAGAUCCCGAGCGAAAGGGUCUGAUUCUCAUCUUCGUGAUCCAGUUCUACCUGUGGGUUUCGAGUAUCGCACACUUUGUCAUCGCCGCCCUGCCGGAUCCCAACCUCGGCGCCAUCCUGGCUAUUCUGCUCUUCGGUUUCUCCAUGAUCUUCAACGGCGUCAUGCAGCCCCCGGAUGACCUGCCCCGUUUCUGGAUCUUCAUGAACCGCGUGUCACCACUGACAUACUACAUCGGCGGGAUCAGCGGCACAGCACUUCACGGGCGACAGAUCGAAUGUUCCGCAGCAGAAGUGAACGUGUUCGACCCACCAUCCGGCAAAACCUGCUACGAGUGGAUGUCGCAGUACCUCAGCAAAGCCCCCGGGCAGCUCCUCAACCACAAUGCAACCAGCAACUGCCAGUACUGCUCGCUCUCCAUAGCGGACCAGUAUCUCGCACAGCGAAACAUCUACUGGGACGACCGUUGGAGGAACUAUGGACUUAUGUGGGCUUAUUUCGUGUUUAACAUCGCUGGUGCGAUUUUCCUGUACUACUUCUUCCGAGUUCGUCCGUACACCCGCAAGGCUAAUGUGAAGCCGGUGGGCAAAUAA